GUUUUAUUUGUAUUUAUUUAUUUAUUUUUUCAUUAGAUAGUUAGUAGAAUAACAAGUAAAAAGUUUUCAAAAUUUCAAAAUGAAUGGAUUAAAGAAAUUAGAGCUUCAUUAAUUGAUUCUGCCCAUUAAUCUUUUUUUCUAGCUUUAUUAAAUAAAAGUAUAAUAUGAUAUGGAUUACAACAUCAUCAUGCCGUUGAUACUGAUUUUCUCUUAAAGAAUAUUGAGGAUUGUAGAUUUUAUAAUAAGAUAAUAAUAAGCAGUAAACUUAAAUAAUAAUGGUAAUAGCAUUGACAUUUCAAAGACUUUUAUAACGAUACUCAAAAUUUUACUGUAUUUUGAUAAAAUUUACUAUGACUAUCUCUAUGAUAAUGGGACUCCAAACGCUUAUUUUUUAGGAAUGGUUUACUAUUAAACUUUCUAUAAUUUAUUAUUUUCCAUCAAAAUGAUAUAAGGAAGUUUACCUUAAGAGAUAGACUUAAAAGAAGCUCCUUCUUGCUAUAAUAUUUGGGUAUUUCAUGAGUCUUAUUUGAAUGUUUAAGGUUAAUCGUGCUAUUUAUCAAGCUAGACUAUUGAGACAAGAAGCUAUUAAUUUAUAUUUUUUGCAUUAAUAAAUGGUCUACUUAUAUUUACAGGAUUGCAUAUUGCAACUAAAAUAGGAUGUGAUAUGAAAUCUGAAAUUAUGUAUAUUUUAAAAGUGAGGAUUCUGGAGUCAGUAAAGUAUUUUACUAUUUCGUUUUUUAAAGUUUUUCUUAUCAGUAACUAUCCAGUGUAAUAUAUUAUCACCUAAGUAAUAAAAAUAAUCUCAAUUAAAAACCUUCCUCUGAACUAUGUGCCUAUUUAGAAAAAUGACUUUAUAAUGAGUAGUCUUUUUUAAGUCAAUCUUUAUCCGGCCACUCUCUGUUAUACUGUUCAGGGUAUAAGGAUAAUUUAAGAAUAAAAUAUGAGAGAUACAUGGCUCUUUUUGAUAAUUGAGUAAGUGGAUAAUGUUUGUUCUAUUUCAUUCUAUUUGUUGAUUGUACUACAAUUUAGAAAUCAUUCUCUCCUCUACCCUGAAUUUUUUUUCAUUUUAAUAAGUAUUUUGGCAUAAGUAGUAAAUUUACUAACUAUGAUUCAUACAUGGUACCUACUGAAAAGGUUUGGACCUAUUUUGACUCUGAAUAUAAACAAAACUAAUCCUUCGUGCUAAGAAGUAAAAAAAAUGGUCAAUGGAAGUCUUAAAAUAAUAACUUAGUAAAUAAAAAUAGUAAUUAUUGAAUAAGAGAAUGAUAAAUCUGAUAGCGUUUUAAGUAAUUUAGAUAUGAUAAGAAUGAUGUUUCAAUUUUCAAAAACUUAUGAUAUUUAUUUAAGCUACAAAUUAUCAAAUAACACAACAAUAAUAUUUUAACUUUUUUUUAAAGUAAAAAAGUUUCAUAUUUCAAUGAGUAACUAUUAAUUAAUUGAAGAUAAUUACAAAAUUUUUUAGCAAAUUUGCUAGCUCUCAAACGAUUAAGAACAUUCAAUAGAAUUUAAUAGAUACAACUCUCAGCGUUUUAAACUUUAAGACGAGUUUAAAGUAUACAAAUUUAAAUUACUUUUUAUAAAAAUAGCUUUUCCAAAGCAGGAUAUUUCUUUUUCAAUCAAAAAAAUAUUUAACAAAUACGAAUUUGAUAGCAACACUAUCCUAAAAAAAUAUGUAGCGACUUGUCAUUAAGUAGUUGCAUAUCUAAAAAUUGUUGAGUCAGAGAUGCUAUUUCACCCAAAAUAAAUAUUAUAUGAUCUCUAUGACUCAUAGUAAUGAUUAAGCUUGGUCAUUUCCUAACUAACUCUUCUAAAUUAAUAAACAAACAAAUAUUUAAAUACAUAACUAAAUAGAUCAAUAACUAAAUAACCUACUAACUAACUAAAUAAAUAAAUAACCAACUCACUUAUUCUUUAUACAUAUGUAUUUAAAUUUUAUGUUUGUUUUAUUUUUUUAAGAAAAGUUAAUUCAUU